AUGGUCGAAGAUACACAGGAUGUAACAGAAACAACUAUAUCUUCAAAACAAAACACAACCACAACCAAAAAAGUGCUGAGCAACAUGGAUCUUGACUUAACCACUUCAAGUUCUUUAUUAAAUACAACAACCUGCGUAGUGGAAUCUGUAUUACCAAAAACUGCAGAAAACUCUAAACAAAAAGGAAAGUUCACAAAGAGAAAAGACCAAUCUUUAGCAUACCAACCAUAUGGAACUCCUGGAAGCUCCCAUCAGAACUCUCCGGGAUCUAGAACUCAACACUAA